CCUCACUGCUUUAUCCUAAACUCCAAAUAAACCCCAAAAAUUCCACAAAAUCCAUCCACCCCUCUUCAGUGGCUGUGGUGUUGCCUUAGAAUUUAUGUCUUCCCACAUUGCCACAUAAGCUCAGAUGUAAUAUCCCCUUUAGCCUAAAUCAAGAAAUUCAGGAAAAGAAAAUAAAGAUUUCAUUUUUAUUGAAGAGAAAAAUAUACAAAUAGUAAACAAACAUUUUUUCCACCAACUGCUACAUUGAGUGGGCUUUUGAACUGAAAGAGAGCCCACCUAAGCAGAGCCUGCUCAGGAGUCACAGGUUGGAGCUAAGUAGGUUCUACGUCUUCUAAUUGCCCUCGAUAUUUGGGUGACAUCCAAAGUUAGGUUAAUAUAUCUUUCAUCAUGACAUCCAAGUCAUUGGAUUACGAAAAUUUGAAUGAAAACGUGAAGAAAUGUCAGUAUGCUGUCCGAGGUGAGCUGUAUCUUCGGGCUUCUGAACUUCAGAAGGAGGGGAAGAAGAUCAUCUUUACCAAUGUUGGAAAUCCUCAUGCUCUAGGACAGAAGCCUCUGACGUUUCCGCGCCAGGUGGUUGCUCUCUGCCAAGCUCCAUUCUUGCUGGAUGAUCCAAAUGUAGGA